AUGCAUGAGGCUAGAUUACAUCUAGCCUACCCUUUAGACGGCGAUCGGCUGGCGCUUAAGGUGGCAAACAUUCCCCUCCGAUCAGUGUGGGAGGUCACGAUGCGAUUAGAGUUGGUAGUGGAGGACGCGCGAGAGGUGCCCUGGCCGCGCGCGUGCGACGUGCGCGUGUCGCGCGUCGUGUCCGACGUGCGCGUGCCCGAGCACGAGGUCAAGCGCGCGCUGGCGGGCCUGCCGAGGGACUGGGGCCACGUGCCGAGGACUGUGUGGAAAAUCUUCAGGUACCUCAAAAACAAGACGAGCGAAGACGAUCUUCUGGGCGUGUGACGUCAUCGCUGCAUCGUCACAACUCUGUAAAUAUUGUUCUUUUAUGUUUGUGAAUCUAGAAUAACUGUGACCAUACAGACCUUGAAGUAUGAGAAUCCUGUGUAGUUAAUGCCCUGCUUGUAAGAAUUAACUCGACAUAAAUUAUUAUCACUCGUUAAAUUUACGGUAAAUUCAUGUUUUUUAACCCAAUGUAAUUAUUUUAGCCCAGGGGGUACCAUGGAAAGAAAUCCUACUUCGUACUAUCCGUUCGCGAUAAGUUUGCCGCUGGCGAUAUGACGUUACUCGAAGGGUAACGUCUAUAACUUUAUCAAACUAUAUUUAAAAUAUUUUUUAUUUAUUAUUAUUGAUAAAAAUUGUGUAUUUGGGUAAAAUAAGACACAUUAAUUGCGUUUAAUCACCAACUAAUUGCGUUUAAUCGCGGUUGGAGGAGGGGACGCGCAUUCCACGGACCGGCAAACUUCAAUGCGUCAAAUAGUUCGUCACACCCAAAGUAUAGAUGACCCACGCUGAACUGUCCCACCAAACUCAAUGACAGGGGGGCGCUACCAUCGUUCAACUAUAUGGUUUCCAACAUGGCAAAAAUCGGCACCAGCGAUCCGGUAUUGACGGUGGCGCCCCACUGUCAAUGUCAUGCAUAGGACAGUUCAGUAUUUUGGAACUAUAGCCAAUAAGUUCGCAACACGUCCUUGUGAGGGUUUUCGCGAUUGAAAAAUCCGCCAGAUGGCAAUACGUAGACGGGAGGUCCAAAUGCUGCAUGAUUGGUGGAUUUUGACAUAUCUGUCAAUGUCAUGUCAAAAAUAACCAAUCAUGCAGCAUUUGGACCUCGCGUCUACGUAUUGCCAUCUGGCGGAUUUUUCAAGACUGUACCAAACUAGCGAUUACGUAGAUUACAGUCAGCGUCAAAUGUUUUUACCCCACUACGCCAGAAGGAGAGUUAUGUUUUUCACAACAUUGCUAAACAAGUAAUCAUAACAGUCACAAACUCCAAAUUUUUUUUCGAUGGUAUUCCCUAGGAUAAUAGUAAUAUGAAAUGUGCAUUUUUUUUUGGUGUACAGUCGUUCUACACCCAAAAAUAUUUUUUUUGUUGUAUGUAAUAAAUAAGACUGCGUGUGUAAGGCUCAAAGUAGUAACCUUGUUCCAUGUUAUGUAAGUUGCGAUGUUUUCUUAAAAAAUGUUUAGACUUUUUAUAAAUAUAUUCAUUUUGUGAACGAAA